AUGCAUUCGCGACUGUCACUCACUCUCUACAGCUCGGAGCAGGUCCUCAAUGCAAUCACCCAAAUCCGCACUCGUUUCGGCGCCGCCUCCAUAUCGUGUGGGGUGCUCCAUCACGGCGAGGUCAUCUUCACGCACGGAGAUGGACUGGCCAACGUCGAGAAAGGGCUCGCGCCUGAUCCACUAACCAUCUACCCCGUCGCCUCGAACACCAAGGCCUUCAUCACCGCUCUGUGCGGCAUUCUCGUCGAUGAGGGCCGUCUGUCUUGGGAUGAACCAGUCUCCAACAUCCUUCCUAGAUUCAACCCCGUCCAUGAUCCCGAGAUCGGACGGCGUGCUACUCUGCGAGACCUCUGCUCCCACGGCUGUGGACUUGCCCCUCUGGAUAAUGCCGGAUGUGGUUUCCAUGAUCAGUUUCUGAACCCAGGCCACGAGGGGGUGCACAUAGCCUCUCAUCUACCCGUGGCUUAUGAUUUCCGCGCACAUUGGCUCUACAACAACUUCUUGCUCGGUGUCGUGGGAGAUCUCAUAGCUGCAGUGGAAGGCAAACGAUCCGGAGAGGUCCUGAGAGACCGAAUCCUCCAGCCGCUGAAUAUGACGCGCACUUUCUCCCGGAACGAUGAGUACUCAGACGACAACAACGCCGCCAAAGGCUAUGCGGUCUUGGAUUCUGGUGAAUUGCUUCCUUUGGAGCCGCCCGAUCUCCAGGACUGUGGCCUGCAAGGAGCUUCUGGAUAUGUGCGCAGCUGUGUGCGAGACAUGCUGGUCUGGGCCAAAGCGGUCAUGCAAGCUGAAUCGGCCGAAGUCCAAGGCUCGUCUCCCGAGAAACCAAAUCCUCUGCGCCAGAUGAGCGUCACGAGAUCAGCCAUGAGACCGAUUGUGAACGGACUGACUGGACUCGAGAACUCCUACGGCUUAGGCUGGUUUCGGCACAUGUUACCCUCCACCUUUUUAGGAUCGAUCGGUCCCAACUUUGCUCUCCUUCCCGAACCUCCGGUGAUCAACAGAGAUGGACCUCCGCGGCUUACCGUAGCUCACUGGGGAGAGUUUGGGGGGUUCCUCAGUUCGUUCUACACAUUCCCCGAUACCUGUAGCGCUAUCAUCGUCCUGGCCAACACUCCGGUCGGGACGGGCGACCCUACGGAUCUCAUUGCGCAAACAUUGUGCCAGGAGCUUUUCAACAUGCGGCCUCGAGUAAAGCUAGAGGAUUUUGCGGCUCAAGCUGCUUCUACCGCCAACCUAAUUUGGAGAGCGUUGGUGGAGGAAUGGGUACAAAACAGAGUCCAAAACACUCAUCCUUCGCCCUUGGAGGACUUGACCGGGACCUAUACGAAUACAGGUCUGAAGCUCACCAUCUACGUGACUCAAAUCCCCCCGCACAAGGUUGGCUCCGGGCCCAAUCCCGAACUGCUGACCUUCAACAUCAACAGAAUGAAGAAACAGACUGCAAACUUACGCCAUUACCACUAUGAUACAUGGACAUUCCUGCCUGAUUCGCGGGAUGAUGCGGUUCGGAAGGGUAUGUUGAAUUUUAUCAGGCUGUCCACAAUGCUCAUGUCUUUUGUUCGUGAUGAGAAGGGUGCUGUCACCUCCCUCUGCUGGGACUUGCAGGGAGGGGUGUGUGAAGGCCCUGCUCCAAACCUUAAGGAAUUGGUCACACCGGUUUGCUUCACGAAGGUGUGA